UUUGAAGUUUGAAAAGUGCAACCUUAUGGCACUCGUGCUUUCAAAAUUGGGCGUUACUGCACAUGUAUAUCGAAAUAAAGUGCUUGGUUUGAUAUUGAAUUACUAUGGACACAAUCCUGUUGAGUGAUCUUGAACGUUUCUACUUAGUACAAGGAGUUGAAGUGGGAUGUAGAAUGGAUGGUCGUGAACCAAGUGAAUAUCGACCUUUGGAAAUUGAAACCAAUAUUUUAAGUCACGCGACUGGUUCAGCUAGUAUUCGUAUUGGUGAAACAUUCAUUGUUUGCUGUGUUAAAAUGGAGGUUGGCAAACCUUCUUUAACUAACACUGGUGAAGGUCGUAUUGAAAUAAAUGUUGAAUGUUAUCCUACAGCAACUCACCGGUGUAGUGAGAAGGCAGCGUCCGAGCUGGAGGAACGUUUGAAGACAACAUUACAAUCAACCUAUCAAUCGAAGUUUAUAGAUCUAAGCCCUCUGUGUAUCCAACGAGGUCGACAGUGCUGGGUCAUCUAUAUCGAUCUGCUUAUCUUAGAAGGUGCUGGAAACUUACUUGAUGCUUCCUCCCUGGUAGUCAAAGCUGCUCUACUAAACGCUACACAGUCAAAUUCUUUAUUAUUGUCUGUUUUUCAAAACAACCCAAAGUCUGUUGAGGCAGAAGUUCACCAGUUUCGUGGAGAUAUGUUGCCGUUAUUUGUCACAAUACAUAAGAAUGUCUAAUUAUUAAACUACUGGUUAUAAUUAACGUUAUAUUCGUCAUAGUGUUGAUCUAUUUGAUGCUUUCAGUAUCAUACAAACUAUUUUCCUGAUGAUCUUCAUAUUUCAUGCAUACCUCUAAUUCACUAGACCUUCCAUUAACAAUUGACUCAGAACACUGUAUACUCGUAAAAGUAAAUCCGAAAAUAAAUGUAUGUUUUCACAUGCUGCUUAUUUCAUUUCCUGUAUAAGAGCUUCAACAUUGUAUUAUGCAUUUAGUGACACUUGUUCAUGCUGUCUAGUCAUCUUAUAUAAACGUUUAAUUUGAAUCGGGUAAUUUAGUUACAUUUUACUACCACCAUAAAAAAACUACAAGCAUUUAUAAACAAUUGUUUACGCACGAUACUCAAUGUCCGUUGAUCGCAUGCCAUCAGCAACAGCCUACUAUGGGAGAGAAUAAACCAGCUUCUAUCUGAAGCGGAAAUUAAGAAAUGGUGGCGGUGGACAAGACAUACAUUUCAGGAAUCAUCAAACUGCAUCACGAAGAAUGCGCCUACUUGGAACGCUGAAGAGACGGAAAAGUGGAAUUCCAGAGAAUACACUGCGUCGAGAACUGGAAGCAUACAUCAAAAGGAUGAACAGCAAGUCCAUGAAGUCACUGACAAGUGGACUGAGUCAUGUUGGUAGGUGUAGACUACCUGGUUGGGAACCGCGAGAUGACAGCAACCGAUGGUUAGAGAUCCUGAAUGAUAUGGCUCAAAAUCGUUUGCAAUGGCGCAAGUGCAUCCACUCUUUGUGUUCUCCCGAAUUCUAAUUUCCUGAAUCCUCCUUGCCUCUCUUUUUUCUCUUUCCAAAUUUAUUUCACUGGAUUAUACUCCUUGAGUAACAUCUCCAAGCCCUAAUGUUUCCGGUUACUGCUCAUACUCUUACUACCUCUACCACUACGGAAUUUGAGUCGACAACUGCAUCUCCGUGUUAAUGUAGUGUGGCAACCCGAACUGAUGUACGUACGUACGAAGUUCUACGUUGUUACUGACUGA